AUGUAUCUUCCACUAAACACUGGUGCUCUCUUACAGGAAACAUCAAAGUUCCAGAAAAACAAGACCACCACAGAUGAUGCAAAGUGGGUGAAGAAGCACAAGCAUGUUGACACUGGUGGCAAAACAAAAGCAACUGAAGAGAAUGGCCGGAAAAGAUUUAAGUCAUCAUCAUCGUUUUCAGAUGACUGCGAUGAGCUCAAGGUCCAGAAUUCUGAGGACAGCAUUAAUGGAUCUGAAGCUGCAGAUUUGUUUGACAAGGAUAGAAAAGAGGAGAAUAAAGGCAAUCUGCUUAUGUGCCUGUCACUCAAUGCUGAAGAAAUGGUGAAGACAGAAUUUUGGCCUCCUAAUUGGAAAGACACUUUCACACUUUCACACAAAUCUGAUGGAUCCUCAAAUGCUCAAGAAGACAGCAAUACAACACACACGAUCACCAUGCAAGAUGGAACUGAAGUGUACACAUCAUGGCAGAAAGAUAAAGCCAUACCAGAAAUCAAGCGCAUUGCUGAUCUUGGACAAGAGAUCCAAAAAGAUGAUGGACAGAUUACGGAAACUAUAACUCCGCGGUCUGGACCCAGUAUAAAAGUCUAUCAAAACAGUGGUUUUCAUCACUACGUCCAAUACAUCAUGUUUCUCAUAAUAACGUGGCCACAGAAGGAGGAUGUUCAUAUAAGUAUAGGGAAAUAUGUACUCAGACUGCAGAAAAAAGACUUCUAUGUGGUUCCACUGUAUGAAUACUCUGAUGGGCAUCAUCAGAUCAUACAAUUCGAUGAAAGGAAACUGUCUUAUGCAAAAUUAAGGCCAACAACAGAUUUCAGCAAAAAAUACAGUGAAACACUGUUCAAUUACAUCAUGGGUAACCAAAAGAAAGUGUCCUCUUUUGUGAGAAGUCCAGAGGAUGCUAUAGCUGUUGCAGCAGUCCUGUUCUCAGAGGUCAUCAGAAACCCUGAGAUGUUUUUCCAUAACUUUGUGCUGAUGCACUUACUAAAAUCAUGGGAUGACUUUCAUUAUAAACAUCCUAUGCUCACAGGAGGCUCCUGGAAAGACAAAGCCAGUAGAGAAAACCCUCCUAAAAAAGUCACACAGAAAACACAAAAAACCUUGAAGAGUUCAUGA